AUGCCUGGAGGUCAGAAAAAGACUUCCCGCUGGACAUCAGAGGUACAACAGGAAAUUAAAGAGAAGGCUGCAUUUAAGAAAUCGUUUAUAAACAAAGAGCCUUCUACUCGCAUGCGAUAUGUCGAGGCAUGCAAGGCGGCAGCCAAAGCAGUGGCAAAAGCCAAAGCUGAUUCCUGGGAGAAGUUCGGUGAGGUGCUGCAGCUGAAUUCCACAGGAAAAACGGUCUUCGAGCGGCAGACCAUUCGCUGGUUCCGACGUAAAAAGAAGGGCAGUCUGAGCAUUUUUGGGCACCCUCUUACAGAAGAUAAAGACAUCCGUCGGCGACGGUAA